AUGGCAGUUCUCACUUUGAACAGUUUCGAAAAUGGAGGUGGUGAUAUGCCACCAUAUUGUGAUAGCAAGUACCACUCUGAUGUGGAACUAAAUGUGGCACUUUCAACCGGAUGGUACAAUGGAGGGGAAAGAUGCCUCCACAACAUUACCGUUAGUGCCAAUGGAAGGACUGUAAAAGCUAAGGUCGUCGAUGUGUGUGACUCCACCAUGGGAUGCGACGAAGACCAUGAUUAUCAGCCUCCUUGCGCUAAUAACCUGUUGGAAUGGAUUAUGAAUCAAAAAAAGACUCCAUAUUUUGCUCUUGCAGUCUAUCUUGCAAUCAGGACCAGGAUUGAAUGUGACAACCAAUACCACUCUGAUGACGAACUAAUUGUGGCACUGUCGACUGGAUGGUACAACGGUGGGAGAAGGUGCCUGCACUAUGUCACCAUAAAUGCCAACGGAGAGAGUGUAAGAGCCAGGGUGGUUGAUGACGACACCACAAUGGGAAGCGACAAAGACCAUGAUUAUCAGCCUCCAUGCGCUAAUAACAUUGUUGAUGCCUCGAAGGCUGUGUGGAAAGCCUUAGGCAUGCCAGAAGAUAACUGGGACGAGUUGGAUAUAACUUGGUCCGAUGCUUAG